AUGUUACUUGUACAACUGACAGUGCUCCUUGAUGAAGAGCCAAAGCUUCGGUUAGAAGAUGUUCCCAUGAUGACUGUAAUGGAGACUAAAAGCACGUCCACAUCCUUUCCACUUGGAGCAAUAACGACUGGGGAAGAUAAAGGAAUAGGGGGAGAUCGAGGUUGGGUGUCCGCAUCCAUCCUUUACGGUCAUUCAAAUCCAAAAACCAAUUCGUUUUCUUUAACACCUGGGGUUGCAUUGUUGCCUCAACAGGGCGGAAAGCUCUUGUCUAGCAAUCGUUGUGCUUUCAAUCCUAGGGAAAAAAAAUUGCAAAGACUGACAAUGGGAUACAGCACAAAUAAUGAACAGAGCAUAGGGAGUCAUAUUCUCAGCAUUAUUCGUAUGCUUGUCUCAAAGAAAAGGCCUAAUCGCAAUUGGAAUGAAUACAAUUCAAAUCCCUUAACGAGGAACAAUUGGAGCGUAAGUCUGGUGCCAGCAGCCGCGGUAAUUCCGGCUCCAACAGGGUAUAUUAAAGUUGUUGCAGUUAAAAAGCUCGUAGUUGGAUUUAGGCCCGGCUGGGCAGCCUUGCUGUAUGACAUGUACUGUCUUGACUGGGUCCUCCCUUCUGGUAAGCUGUCGUGUUGUUUACUCAGUGCGGCAGGGAACCAAGACUUUUAUUUUGAAAAAAUUAGAGGUUUAAAGCAUGCAUUCGCUUGA